GCUUUUACCGUUGUCCACUGACAGCGAACUGUUAAAACUGACAGUCGUCAGAGGGAAUCAGUUAGAUCACCGUUUGACUUUAAAAAGGCCUCCAUCAAGCCAUAACGAGUGUUAUACGCGGUCGAAUAAUUGUUCCUCAAUCUCCAGAGCCCAACAAGUGCAGAAAUCCCACCUUGAUUCUAUAACUUGACCUCAACCUUCUUUUUACUUGCUGUACAUAUGAGCGACACCGGUGACAUGGAUGCUACUGUUACUGCUCCAGUACCUUCACUGGAGUGUCGAUUAUGCGAUGUAUCAUUCGAGACUGUCGAAGAAAAACGGCAACACGCGAAAAGCGAAUGGCACGUGUACAAGAUUCGGUGUCGAGUCGCCGAGCCUGGAAGCACUCUUACUCCCCCCGACAACCUGGAUGGAAUCAGCAACCCAUCAACCAGGCAGCGAAACCAAGGCCGGAAAUCUACAUCGACAUUGCCUCCAGCCAAUAAGGAGAGUUCCGAUGAGGAGUCAGAAACUGACACAUCCGACUUGGACUCAUCCGACAGGGACAUCUUUGAAUUCCUUCCUGAAGAGUGUCUCUUCUGCGCCCAAUGCAGCAACGACUUCGUUGAGAACCUAUCACACAUGCAUCAAGCUCACAGUUUCAUGAUCCCUUUCGAGGCCUCACUAGCAGUGGAUCCCCAAACCCUGAUCUGGUUUCUCCAUAUGGUCAUCAACAGCUACCGGGAAUGUAUCUGCUGCGGAACACACCGGCGGUCCGUUGAGGCGGUCCGGCAGCAUAUGUUGUCCAAGGGUCACUGUCGCUUUAACGUGACCGACGAGAUGCGCGGGUUCUACGAUAUGGACGCUUUAGGUCAGCACACUGCAGACGGAUGCAGUCAUCCGGACGACCAUACCCUCAGGUUACCGACCGGGAAACUCCUCGCUCAUCGCUCCCAAGUCGAUCCCUCUCCAAGGAGCAGGCGGCGAGAAAAGACACCGGCUGGCCCAUCUGCUUUGCUUGCCUCUGAGGAGCCAAAUCCUACCACCGGCGAACCACAAGCUCUCACCAAGCGAGACCGAAAAGAGCAAGCACUCACUACCCAAGUCGCGCAGCUGCGCGCCGGAGAUCGGAUGAGUCUGAUACAUCUGCCGGAGUCUCAACAACGAUCGCUGCUUGCGGUGCACAAGAAAGAGCUGGACAAGGCGAAGCGGGCAGAUAGGCGGACGCGCAGCCGGUUGGAUCAUGUUGGGAAUAAGACUGCGGUGCAUACGAAGUAUUACCAGCAGGAGAACCCAGUUUAUCAAUGCGGUUAGGCAGAGGGUUCAUAAUACGAGGGGGUUGUUGUCCGAGCCCUGUUCUUUGAAUGCUGUUUUUCCCAUCUUGAGAUGCCCCCCUUUGCUCUACUAUGGCUAAACCCUGAGAGGUUCUUGUCCACUUGUCAGAGCACAAUGUCACUCCGUGAUUGAGGAUGUUAUAGGUUCCAGGCUGUUAUCAAUCUUGUAUCCUCCUCACUGACCCAGUACAUCCCUCCCCUUGAUUCCUAUCCGGUAGGGUGUCCAUCGAGUAGGUGCGGAAGAGCUGUCAAUUCAUGGGGAAGAACUUAGACCUUGGACAAAACUCAUGCUUGAAGCAACAGAAAAGGAUG